AUGUCGAAGCCACCGUUGCAGCAAGAAAUUCCAGCAAUUUACUAUAGGAAAGAAACGUUUCUUAGCCUCGGGAUGCUUUCGAACUAUUGUCCCAUGUCAACUGAACUUUCGCGUCUUAUAUUCAAAGAAAAUGCAUUGGAGAAACCAACUCAGAUAUUUUUCAACCAGUUAUCUUAUUAUCUGAUCACAAUUAUCGACGCUCAAGCUGCUUCUAAGCUGACCUGGCCUUUAUUGGAUUCAAAGGCUGAGAGGACAUACAGGAAUGAUUUGCAUACUUUCAUAUCUUCUAACACCAGCAAAGGAUUAACACCAGUUAUGUCUCCAUACCUUGUGCGUCCAAGUUGCUACAAAGUUACCAUUCUUAUCUUCCAAAUGACCUCACUGGCUCUGAGUACAAUAAUUGCACAGAUUGCUAAUGAGUCUCAAAAGCAGGUGGCCAAAAAUCUAAAUGAGGCAUAUAAACAAGACACUUCUACCGACACCUACAUCACUUUUGUUGAGAAUGAAAUCCAAAGUUUUCAAAGUAAGUUAACCAUUCACAAGGUGACAAUACAGCACGCUGAAGUUAUUGCCAAAAAGCUUCGGGAACAAAUUAUUAAAUUGGAAGAUAAAAAUCAUCAGGCUGUAAGUUUUCAAAAACAAGCAAUAAGUGAAUCAACAAAAGUAGAUGAAUUAGAUGAAUAUUGCAAAGAAAGUUUAAUCAGUAUAAGGAAUACUGAUGUUCAAUCACUAGUAUUUGAUGAUUGGUUGCUUUAUACGGAUAAUAAAAUAGAUGAUAUGGUUGAUCAAUGGGAUAAAAGGAUAGAGUUAUGGAAUCUGUGUAAGAAAACAGCGAACCUGACAAAAGACGUUGUAUUGCGAUACACUGGGCAGGUGGAAAAAACUACCUACUCUAUAUCUUAUAAUCCAGAAACUGACAAAAUAUGCACUAAAGAUUUGGAACUGCAAGUUGAUGUUGAACAAGCAUAUGUACUAAAGAAUAUUGAUAUCGAUGGAAACUUAAGUUUUCCAAAUCUUGUAAGAGGGUUUCUGAUUUCUAGUAAUUAUAUUACGAAGAAUGUUACAUUCGAUGAUUAUGUAUAUAAGUGUAAUAAGUAUUUAGAAACUGGUAUGAUCAAAUUGGAUGACAUUUAUCAUGGUUUACAGAAUGUUAAUGAAAGGAUAUUGAAAGCUAAGGAAAAACUGCAGUACAAUCCAUCGGUCAUGGUUCCUAGCAAACGCGGUCCAUCAAAAAUAUAUCCCGGUUCAUUAUUUGGCCCGUCAUUGUCAAAUUUAAAGGCGGGAAGGGAUUAUCAAGCUUUCUUUGAUACCUUUACACCACUGGCUGCCACUAAGCAUAGGUUAAAUCUUUAUAAAAAUACAAAAAUCUUUAAGCAGCCGUCAAUAACUAUUCAACCAGUAAGAGACGACUUCAUGAAAAGCCUUGUGUCAUAUAAUGGUAAUACAAAUUAUGAAAUGGGUGUAAGCAGCAAUCUAUCUGCUAUUACUCAAGUUCGAAGCAAUGAGACAAUAGCUGAUUGUGCAUCUGGUUUUACAAGGCAACAAAUACAGAGGUUGCUGUCUACAAAAAAAACGAGUAGCUCUAAGAAAUACAAAUACAACGCAGAAAGACCAGAGAAAAUCAAGCCAGGAGCUUUGACAUACGAUUCUGGAGUAUCGAUAGAAAGUAAUGGAUUGACAAGGAGCUACUCUUCACCGAAUCUCUUAGAGAAUAGAGAAAAGAGAUCCUUACCCAAGCUUCGGGGUCGGAAGCUUUCUAUUAUGAAAGAGGAUAGUCCAUUGGAACUGUCUGGUAUAUCGGCUUUGGAGAAUAACAGUAAUUUCAGCACACCAGGUCAAGCUAAUGCUGAAAGUUCUCGUAAAAUUUCUACUCCUGAAAUCUUAAUAUCAAAUGCUAGUGAUUCUAAUACUGCCAUUGGAGAACAGAGAAAGAGUAUAGAAAAUCUAACACCGAAAACAAACCCCCAUUUAAUUCGAAAGACCAGUUCUAUUGAGAAAAUAAUAAAUCGUUUCAAAAAGGUCCGAGCGAGUGUUAUUCCUCCAAAAGAGGAUUUGAUAGAGGAGUUUAAGGAAAAUGUAUUUCUCAGUGUGAACAACAGAUUGAUGUUGCCAGAUUUAGUUAGUCCCAAUGUAUCGGAUAUGAGUGGAAAUUCUUCUGAUUGUGAGAGACGUCCGCGACAGAGCCUGGGUUCCGUUUUGGGGGUGGAUCAAACAAUACUGGAUCAAUUUGAUCUAAUAGACUGA